AUAUAUACCACCACCCUGCACGCGCCUACACCUCGGUAACGCAGGAGCGGCAGCAGGCAGCAGCCAAUCUAAGCUAGCGCGAUGUCGUCGUGGGCGCAGCACUCGCGGCGGGGCUGGAGGCACGGCUGGGCGGCGACGCUGCCGCCGUGGCGCCUGCUGGCCUUCUUCGCCAUCGUGGUCUCCUUCCUGGCCACCUCCUCCUACGUCGACUACCGGGCCGUGGAGCGCCGUGCCGAGAUCGGGGCACGCGUCUUCGCCGCGCCGCUCGCCGCCAUGGCCGCCUUCCUCCUCUUCGCCGCGCUCGGGUACUGGCGCCGCCGCACCCGCUGGGCGCUCCGACGCCACGCCAUUAACGCCCAGCCGGCCGUGGCACCGUCGCAGUCGUCGGGGGCGUCUCCGUGGGGCGUGGCGGCGAUGGUGGCGGUGCUGCUGGUGAUGGUGACGUUCCAGCCCUCCGUGCACUCCAUGUGGUUCAGGCCGCUCUGGAGUUCAGACUACAGCUAGCCCCUAGCUCAUCAGAUGCUCCCCGUUCGGUUUCGCAUCGGCGACGGCAAAGCAUCGUGUUCGGAGACACAAUUUGGAGGUCAUAUGUUGCGUUCCUUCCGUGCUUGUUGCUGUCAGGUGGAUUUUCAAGGGCACUAUGUACACCACCACUGCUGCGUCCAAGACGCUGCCUUUCUCGUGACCGUCCAAGCCCUGCCACCUACUCGCAAAUCUCUGGUAGGCAUUCAUGGAUGGAUGAUGCGUCGGCAAAGGUAGUCCAAAUUGGUUUGUUGUCUUCGGAGACGGCAAGUGUUGGUCGAGACGCGGCUUUGUAUUUCAGUUUAGGAUAGACCCCUUAUGUUGUGGUUGUAGUGGGUGUGGUAGCUUGUAAUUGGACUGCCCUGGUGUGUGUUGGCUUGUCUUCAAACUUGCCUCGUUGUCUAGUAAAAUGUGCACUGCACUUGUUCGCAACAAGGAUAGUCUUGUAACUUAUUUCUACAUUCUACAAAAAUAUGGUU